UCUCCUCAUCCUCUAAACUCUCUCAUCUGUCAGCAGUAACGUCACUUUUCAAGUUCCAACAUCAUCUCAGUACAUAUUGACAACAUGCUGGGGUCCCUCUGCACUCUCAUCACUGCUCUAACAUGUGUGAGUGGUGUGACGGUGGUGACACAGAAGCAUCCUGUUGUGACAGUGAGGAAAGGAGAGACAGCCACCAUGGACUGUAACCUGGGGACUGUUAGUAACAGCGCUGCUCAAUGGUACAGACAGAUCCCAGGAGAAGUUCCUCUCUAUAUGCUGAGAUUUUAUCAUGGCUGGAGUUCACCCAGCUAUGGUUCUGGGUUUUCAUCUCCAAAGUUCACAUCCACUCAUCAGUCAACAUCAGAUUAUCGUUUGAUCAUCAACAAUAUAGAAGAAGGAGAUUCUGCAGUUUAUUACUGUCAAACAUGGGAUGACUCUGUGAAAGAGUACAUAUCACAAGCCUCUGCUGCUCUCCUUUCAGUUCGACCUGUUUGCCUUUCAGUUGGACAGAACCAAACAUUCACACCACAAACUGACAACAUGCUGGGGACCCUCUGCAGUCUCAUCACUGCUCUAACAUGCUCCAGCCUCCCUCCUCCUGUCCUGACUGUCUUCCCUCCAUCCAGUGUUGAGCUCCAGUCCAACAAAGCCACUCUGCUCUGUCUGUCCAGUCAGUCUGGACCCUUUGCAGAUGUGAGCUGGCUGGUUGGUGGGAGUCCAGUGACCAGUGGGAUCUCUACCAGCACGGCUGUUCAGAAACCAGACCAGACUUUCCACAUCAGCAGUUCUCUGUCCAUCCAGACAUCAGACUGGAACAUGAACAAGGUUUACACCUGUAAGGUGUCUUUGGGCUCCCAGACUGCAGAGAAAACCAUCAACAAGUCAGGAUGUCCUGGUGAAGAAUAGCAGAGGAUCACAACCAUCAUUUAUAUUCUUCUUUAUUGUUUGCAAGAUUUAGGAACAAUGCUUCUUUCUGCUUGGAAUGUGUUUUUUGACAAUUAAUGCUGCUGUAGCUUUUUUUUUCCAUAAAUAAAUAUCAGUUAUA